AUGGAGGACUUGGUGGCCUCUUGUGCAGCCGGGCGCGCAUGUCCUAGGUCUUCAACCUCCACGCGAAUCGCCUUUCAAGCCCACCACAGUACCCUCAAUCGGCAGUCGUGGAAGUCAACAGAGAAGAGACCAGCGUCGAAAAAUCUGCCUGUUGCACGCACGUCGACUCGCAAGAAACACGCAGACAAGGAACCUUCGCGUGUGCCAGCCAGACAACCGCUGUUUGGCCCAAAUACCUUCCUCCUGCCAGGCCCUCCGCUCAUCUGGAGCUCGCGAAAAGACCUCCAGAACUACGUGAUCUGCGAUACAUCUCUAUUCAAAAAGGCCGAGACCGAAUCCUCGCUGCCCGCGGUGACCGGACUCAAACCCAUGAAGUUCUUCUACCAGGUCAUUACGACCCCCACGGCCGACACCCCCGGCACGACCAUCGCCCUCAAUUUCCCAGACAAGCGAUACUUCUUCGGCCAGCUGUCCGAGGGGACCCAGCGCGCGUGCACCGAACGAGGCAUCAGGCUUUCCCACCUUACAGAUGUCUUCAUCACCGGGCGCACGGAAUGGGCCAACACGGGCGGUUUGAUCGGGAUCAUCCUGACUCUGGCGGAUACGGUGGCCACCUCCAACGCUGCUAUCGAGGAAGACAACAAGAAAAAGGCUAUUCGAGCAGCCAACCAGCUGCGCGGGAAAGCCAAGCCCCAGGCUAUCUCGAAGCAAAAGCCGGCGUUGGGCACCUCUGUUUCUACCCAGGACGGACAGAUCGUUGCUGAGAAGGGCAAUUUGACCCUCCAUGGAACGACGAAUCUCACGCACACGGUGGCUACCGCUCGGCGAUUUGUCUUUCGUAAGGGGAUGCCGGUGUUUAUGAAGGAGUAUGACUCCGAAAGCGUUGCUAAGCAGGCAUCUGUCGGUGCAGAGGAUCCGUUCGAAGAGCCGACUUGGUCCGACGCGAAUAUUAAGGUCUGGGCCAUGCCUCUUAAGCCUCGUCCGGUGGCUAGCCCCAAGGCUACGUCGCAGACGCGGUCACACAGCCCGCGGAAGCGGAGCUUGGAGGAAUUCCAAGAAAGUAGUGAGCAGAGCAAUGAGCCUGCCGGUCAGCUCGACCAGCGAAGCAAAGACAACCUGAUGAGACAAUCGAUUGUGACGGACAUGUUCAAUUCAACCUGGAAGAUGGAUGCCCUUAUCGAAACUCCCUUGGCCGAGGUGAAUUUGCCUGCUGCUAUGUUCGUUCGCAACCCGGAGACCAAAGACCUCGAGCCGUACCACCUACCUGAACGAGGUGAAAAUGAGCCACUGCCUGACGUCAAGGUGUUUGUUCGACAGCCCUGGCCCGGUGCAACCGUCGAGAGUCUCCCACCUACUACUCCUUCCCCCGAGGCGCUGUGUUAUAUUGUGCGGAACCAUGACGUUCGGGGGAAAUUUGACCCUGCCAAAGCCAAAGCGCUGAAGGUGAAGAUGGGCCCGGACUGUGCAGCUUUGUCUCGGGGAAAGAGCGUCCAAUCCAUGGACGGCCAAACCAUUACCUCUGAUAUGGUCUUAGGGCCUGCGCGCCUGGGCAAAGGCACCGCCAUAAUGGACCUGCCUUCGUCGGAGUAUGUUGAGGAUAUGAUUAAUCGCCCUGAAUGGAAGUCGCCUGCCGUGACGACUGAACUGCAAUCUUUCAUUUGGAUCCUGGGACCGGGCGUUGGCGAGAAUCCCAAGCUUCGCGAGUUUGUCGCGAGCAUGUCCCACUGCGAACACACCGUGUCGAGCUCGGACUACUGUCCCAACUACUUGGCACUGACCAGUGCUGCGUCAUCUUCCGUUCGGCUGGCUCGUCUGAAAGGGGAUAGCUACUCUAUUCCUGUUCAUGACAACGUCACUCUUCCACAGCCUGGCACACCCACAGCCGGCUCAGCGUCUGCCACUGCCGCCCUCAGCGACUCUCCGUUCAAGCCUGUCGCACCUGGAUUCAUCAUCGACAUGGAGCCACAAUUCAAACUCAACAAUGACGAAGUCAUGACCCGUUUGAAUACAGCGGCGACAUUGCACCGGAUCCCGCAAGCUGUCGAGCAGCGCAUGUCAGUUAUCCGCCGCCGCGUCGCCAAACCGGCAUUCCAGAAUCGCUUGCAAGAGCUUCGAAAAGAUUUGCCUGGGGCCAGUGCUGAAAUCAUCGCGUUGGGUACUGGCUCCUCCGCUCCCUCUAAGUACCGUAACGUCUCUGCCACUUUGCUUCAUGCGCCUGGAUACGGCUACUAUCUUCUUGAUUGUGGUGAGAAUACCCUGGGCCAGCUGAAGCGAGUAUUUGAGCCGGAACAGCUGCGCGAGGUACUCCGGAAUCUGCGAAUGAUCUGGAUUAGCCACCUGCAUGCGGAUCACCACUUGGGUACGGCCUCAAUCAUCAAGGCCUGGUAUCACGAAAACUAUGGGUCUGAGGCUACCCCCGCCGCCGAGCCCGAAACCGAUAUGGCCAAGAUAUUGCAGGAAAGAAGACUGUUUGUGGUUUCCAACGAAAUGAUGAUUGCUUGGUUGGAAGAGUACGCUGCCGUGGAGAAUUAUGGAUUCGACAAGCUGGUGCCUAUCAGCGCAACCCCCGAGACUAUUGGGCCCAGCAUAGUCACCCGAUUCGCGUACCGUCAUUGUCACAGCAAUGGAAGCCACCCGGGCCAGGACAAACCAAGAAAAACACCUCUCAGUUUCACAGACAAAUCCUCUCCUCUCACACCCCUUCUCAAGUCCGCCACCGGCCUGGACGAUUUUCUGACCACCCGGGUGAAGCACUGCCGCGGGGCCCUCGCCGUGUCCCUCGUCUUCCCCGACGGAUUCAAGGUUUCGUACUCGGGCGACUGCAGGCCAUCGGAGAAAUUCGCCGCGAUCGGACAGGGCUCGACCGUGCUCAUCCACGAAGCCACCUUCCAGGAUGACAUGGUUGGCAACGCCAUCGCCAAGCGCCACUCAACCGCCUCCGAGGCUCUGGAGGUUGGCCGCCGGAUGAACGCGCGCUCCAUCCUGCUCACGCAUUUCAGCCAGCGCUACCAGAAAAUGGCGUUCAUCGACCAGCGCGCAGGUACCGACCACCACGACAACGUGGCGUCGUCUCCCCAAGCCGAAGCCGCCGCCGCCGCCCGCAAACGGGGUGAUGCCGAUGUCCCCCUCGACGAACCCGAAGGCCCAGAGCCCACUCUCAACUCCUCGGCGCAUCUGUUGCUGGAUGACCUCCGCUUCCCCAGGCCAAACCGCCGAGCCCUGCCGCGUUGUGACAACCAGGUCCCCGGUGUGACCGCGCCCGUCGCUGCCGCCAUGGACUACAUGCGCAUCAAGGUUGGCGAUCUGGCUCUCGCGCAGGCCUAUGCGCCUGCGUUAGAGAAACUGAUCGAUAUCCUCGAGCGUGCCUCUGCCCAGGAGUCGGACCGUGCUAAGAAGGAGCGCCAGGAAGAGGAAGGGUCCCGAAAGGCGAAGAAGAACAAGAAAUGGCCCAAGCAUGCUGCUGCCGAGGCUGCUGGUACUGAGACUGACCCGGCUGCUACUGCGGCUGCGGCUGUAGUGGUGCCUGAGACUACUCGGGCUCAGAACCCUAAGUCUGUGUGGAGCGCCAGCGAGAGUGAGAGCGGGUGGGAGACCAGUGAUACCGAGUAA